UUUUGGUUGAAAAUGAGACAUCAUGCAUAAUGAUAUAACCAAAGUUCCACUCAUUUUACAACAAAUAAAAAAAACCAAAAAUGUCAUACAUGCAAAUAUCUCAAAAAUUCUACGACGCAUUCAAGCAAUGUAGCUUCACCCACAAAUCCCCACACAUUGCUCGCAAACUUCACGCUCAACUCAUUCUCUCUGGUUUAGACUCUUCCCUUUUCUUGCUCAACAAUCUUCUCCACAUGUACUCCAACUGUGGCUUAACGCAUGAUGCUUUUCAAGUUUUUCAAGAGACCCAUCAUCGUAAUAUUUUUACUUGGAACACAAUGAUUCGUGCUUUGGUUAGUUCCAGUCGAAUGAGUGAUGCAGAGAAGCUGUUUGAUGAAAUGCCCGUGAGAGUUAAAGAUUCUGUUUCGUGGACUACGAUGAUAUCGGGUUAUAGUCAAAAUGGUUUUCAUUCACGUAGUUUUGAGACUUUUAGUUUAAUGAUAAGGGAUACGAAUGAUGGAGGGAAAAAUUACGACCCCUUUUCAUUUACGAGUGUAAUGAAAGCUUGUGGAUCACUUGGAGAUAGUCGGUUGGCUAUUCAGUUACAUGCCUUGGUGAGCAAGUUAGGUUUUGGAAUGGAAACUUGUAUUCAGAAUUCGGUUGUGGGUAUGUAUGUUAAGUGUGGAGAUGUUGAUUUGGCUGAGACGGUUUUCUUUGAUAUUGAAAGACCGAGUUUGUUUUGUUGGAAUAGUAUGAUUUAUGGUUAUUCUCAAAUGUAUGGACCUUAUAAAGCUCUUCAGAUAUUUAAUCGAAUGCCUGAACGUGAUGAGGUUUCUUGGAAUACGUUGAUUUCGAUUUUCUCACAACAUGGUUUUGGGGUUCAGUGUCUUGCCAUGUUUGUAGAGAUGUGUAAUCAGGGAUUUAGCCCAAAUUUUAUGACAUAUGGCAGUGUGCUUAGUGCAUGUGCUAGCACUUCUGAUUUGAAAUGGGGUGCUCAUUUGCAUGCUCGGAUUCUUCGCAUGGAACAUAGCUUGGAUUUGGUUUUCGGUAACGGUCUUAUAGAUAUGUAUGCCAAGUGUGGAUGCUUAGAUUUGGCUAAGCGUGUGUUUAAGAGUUUAAGGGAACAUGAUCAUAUUUCAUGGAAUUCUUUGAUCACUGGUGUGGUGCAUUUUGGCCUUGGCGAAGAUGCUUUGAUAUUGUUUAACCAAAUGAGACGGAGUUCUGUAGUGUUGGAUGAAUUUAUUCUCCCCACCAUUCUUGGGGUUUGUUCAGGUCCAGAUUAUGCUUCUACUGGGGAACUACUACAUGGAUAUACAAUCAAAAGCGGGAUGGGUUCCUCGGCUCCUGUAGGGAAUGCAAUCAUCACAAUGUAUGCAAAGUGUGGAGAUACUGACAAAGCUGAUCUCGUGUUUAGAUUAAUGCCACUUAGAAAUACCAUAUCAUGGACCGCCAUGAUCACUGCAUUCUCUCGAAGUGGAGACAUCGGCAAAGCCCGAGGAUAUUUUGAUAUGAUGCCUGAACGGAAUAUCGUAACUUGGAAUUCCAUGUUAAGCACAUAUGUUCAAAAUGGCUUCUCUGAAGAAGGUCUCAAGCUGUAUGUUUCAAUGAGGAGCAACGGAGUCCAACCAGAUUGGAUCACGUUCACAACUUCAAUCCGGGCAUGCGCUGAUUUGGCUAUAGUUAAACUUGGAAUGCAAGUUGUAACUCAUGCUACCAAGUUUGGACUCAGUUUGAACGUUUCUGUUGCAAAUAGUAUUGUUACCAUGUAUUCAAGAUGUGGACUAAUCAAAGAAGCAAAGAAUACUUUCGACUCAAUAGAUGACAAAGACUUGAUUUCCUGGAAUGCUAUGCUUGCAGCAUUUGCUCAAAAUGGUUUAGGUAUAAAAGUAAUUGAUACUUUUGAGGAUAUGUUGAAGACAGAAUGUAAACCCAAUCAUAUUAGCUAUGUUUCUGUUUUAUCUGGUUGCAGCCACAUGGGACUUGUAGCUGAAGGCAAACAUUACUUCGAUUCGAUGACUCGAGUUUUCGGCAUUUCUCCGACAAACGAGCAUUUUUCUUGUAUGGUAGAUCUGCUUGGACGAGCAGGGUUACUAGAACAAGCCAAGGAUUUGAUAGAAGGAAUGCCUUUUAAGCCAAACGCUACUGUUUGGAGUGCGCUACUAGGAUCAUGCCGAGUCCAUCAUGAUUUGAGGCUAGCAGAAACUGCUGCAAAGAAGUUGAUGGAAUUAGAUGUUGAAGGUUCCGAAGGUUAUGUCCUUUUAUCAAAUAUGUAUAGUGAAUCUGGAGAGUUAGACAAUGUUGCUGAUAUGAGAAAACUUAUGAAAGUGAAAGGAAUUCGAACGAGUCGGGGUUGUAGCUGGAUAGAGGUUGAUAACAGAGUGCAUGUUUUCACUGUAGAUGAAACCAGUCAUCCACAGAUAAAGGAAGUUUAUUUAAAACUGGAGGAGAUGAUGAAGAUGAUAGAAGAUACUGGAAAAUAUAUUACCGUAGAAUCUUCUGUUCAUAGGAGUAAGAAAUAUCACAGUGAAAAGCUGGCCUUUGCUUUUGGGUUGCUUAACCUUCCAUCUUGGAUGCCAAUACAUGUAAUGAAGAAUCUUCGAGUAUGUGAUGAUUGUCACUUGGUAAUAAAGCUUCUGUCUUUAGUUACCUCAAGGGAACUUAUCAUGAGAGAUGGAUAUAGAUUUCAUCAUUUCAAAGAUGGGAUUUGCUCAUGUAAGGACUAUUGGUAAUCUGUGGUAUUCAAUAUCUGUUUCCUCUCCCAGUACUUUUGCCUCAUCAUUUUCUAUUUGAUUUUCCUUCUCAAAAGCUGGUAAUCAAUAUGUGGAAAAAGAAAAUUCAAGGGUUGUGACUAAAUGAAGUUCCCUUUGAUUGCAUUUGGUUGUCUGGUUAUAAAAUGAGGAUGCUCUAUUGAGAGUCUCACAUUAGAUUUGAUAUGGUUUAGAAUAAUAUUUUUGAGUGAGAGACAUCCUUCAUCUUAUAAGAUGCUAUUAUAGGGUCGAGUUAAUCUCAACCAAAAUUCGAAGAUAGUAUAGUAUCUUUCCAAGGUCCGUUGGGUCACCCACUAUUAGUCCACUCGAGUCACACUCCAAAUCAGAAACAGUGCUGCAUGUACUAAACGGGGGCAACUACCCCCACAUACUUAAUGUUUUGGUUACAAAUAAUUAGAUUUUUUAAUCUUGCACCCACUACAAGUCGGGGACGGGUUGGUUAUAACUAAAUAUGAAUGAUUGCUAACUUUUGUCAAGCUUUGUUGUUCUGGACUCUGGUCUUUAAUGUAUUCUUUUCCUAUUGUUGCAUCUGCAUUAUAAGUUUGAACCUCUACAUAAAGAGACCCAUCAUGCUACUUUGCUGCACCGUCGCCAGAGGGACACACAUAAAACUAAGUUACCCUGCCAUGAGCUGGACUAAGGAAGAGUACUGGAAGUUCCUUCUUUGUGCUUCUGGGAAUACUUCUUGUGGUAAGUGGCGUUAACUUAUUACACAAUGUGCUUCAGUAUCCAAAUUGAAUGGAAGCGGUAUUUUGUUACAAAUCAUGGAUGGGAGACCAAUUGACAUGCAACCAAAGGCGUUUUACACUAAUUUACCAUAAAAUGAAGGUAAUAGACUGUCUAAAAUUCAUGAUUUUAUGCCAAGAGUUCAGAAUUAUAAAACCUCACAGAGUUCUUGAGUAAAAAUAAAGAAUUUGUUGGUGUUAGAAGCAAAUGCUGGAGCAUAUGGUUUACAUGGAUAUGCAGAGUAUAUUGGAGGAGUAUUUUCUUUGGCAGUGAUUGUUCAGUUUUGGUCAUGAUUUGAUCUCGCUUUGAAGAUGAUUAUGUUUAGGUAAAGUUGGGGUUGCCUAGGUUGCUGUCACAUUAAGCUAAUAGUUAAUUAA